AUGCUCGCACGCACCCUCCGCGCCCGCAGCGCCGCGCGCGGCCUUUCCUUCUUCCGCGCCUACUCGGCGCCCGCGACCUCGGUCAACCAGGUGCCCGCCAACGACCCUACGAAGCGCGACGUCAAGCCCAAUGUCUCUGAGACUAAUGCUGCGCCCACCUCAUCCGAGGGCUCCUUCGACAAGGUGCUGCAGGAAAGCGUAGCGAAAGGCGAGGAACUGCGCACGAAGCAGGCGCCAAAUUACCAGGGCACAUGGAGUACAAGCCAACAGCCGAGGGCUGUUGCUAUGCAGGGACCGCGAUUCGAGCAGACUAUCAUGGAGGAUCAGCCCCGCCCAUAUGCCGCCAUCGAUUUGAUCCACAAGCAACCCGUCCGCUGGACACACGACCGCGUUGUAUCCUGCGACGGUGGAGGCGGACCUCUCGGCCACCCAAGGAUAUUCAUCAACGUGGAUAAGCCGCAGAUCUGCUGGUGCACGUACUGCGGUCUGCCAUUUGCUCACGAGCACCACCGCGCACAUCUCGAGUCCCUCCCGGAAUCGCAGCUCUCAUACCCGCUCGCACCCAAGGGCGACCCUGCUGAGGUGGAUGUGUCGCAGAGGAUCACAGAUGAGCCGCUUGGACAGCGGUAA